AUGGUUUUGGAAGCACUGAGACAAAUGAAUCCAUCAUCACCUACAUCAUCACCUACACAACAACCAUCUGCAUUCAUAAAUGAUAAUUCAGCACCAUCAUCGGCAGCAACUACUGCCGCCAAUAUUGCUCCUGCCUCUAGCAUUGCUACCAAUACUGUAUCGUCAUUACCAAUAAAGGAUGAUGGUCAUUAUGGUGAUAAUGUCAAUCUUCUUCCAAUACCAGGAAGCAAUGGAUCUGCAAAACAUGUUACUUUUACAACUUUAUUACUAGAAAAUACAUUGUAUCCAAUAAUUCAAUAUUAA